AUGCGUCAACGACGGUGGUUGGAACUAUUAAAGGAUUAUGAUGUUGAUAUCCUUUACCACCCGGGGAAGGUGAACGUGGUCGCGGAUGCACUGAGCAGAAAGUCCGCAGAGAACCUCGCUAUGUGGGUUACAAAUCGAACACCCGUAUGGCUGGACAUGGAGCGAAUGAACAUUGAGGUGGUUGCUCCCGAGAUUCCGGCCCAAUUGAUGGCGCUCGUUGUCCAACCGACCUUGUUAGAGAGAAUUAAGAAUCUGCAACUCGCAGACCCAGAACUCCAAAAGGUGCGGCGCGACAUCGAGAAUCGUCGUGGCGGCGAUUUCAUGGUAGACGCCGAUGGUGCACUUCGAUUUGGAAAUCGAUGGUGUGUGCCGAAUAAUGAGGAGAUCCGAGAGCUAAUCUUGCAAAAGGCACAUUGGUCGCCUUAUUGUGAUCACCCGGGCAGCACCAAGAUAUAUCAAGGAUUAAAGAUGCACUAUUGGUGGCUGGGAAUGAAAAGUGAUAUUGGACGCUUCGUGGCGAAAUGCUUAUUAUGCCAACAAGUAAAGACCGAACGUCCAUUUCCAGCGGGAAAGCUUUAA